AUGGCCUCUAACCCUCCCCAAGAGUUUCAACCUGCGUCUACUGGAGUGGACAAGGACGAUUUGAAGAUACCGCUGAUCGACUUUGGCCCCUUCUUCACAGGAACCCCAUCUGAUAAACAUGCCGUUGCUCUCGCUAUAACGGAAGCAUUUAAAACAUCGGGCUUCGUCUACCUCAAGUCCCAUGGUAUCCCUCCCUCCGUGGUAUCUGAUGUAUUUGGCUCAUCUUCCCGAUUCUUCGCUCGGCCCCAGAGCGAGAAGGAUGGUCUGGGCUGGACGACCCCACAGUCCAACCGUGGUUACGUCGCCAUCGGACGGGAGAAGUUAACCACCGUGGACGAGACGGAUGGCGUCGAUAACUUGCGUGCGUCGGCUCCGGAUAUCAAGGAGACCAUGGAACUUGGUCGCGAGGGAGUGGAGGGUCUGCCCAACCGCUGGCCCGAUCAUCUCGAUGACGAAGGAAAGGACUUCAAGAAGACUAUGCUGUCAUUCUUUGAAAUGGGCAAAAACCUACACAAGCAUAUUAUGCAGGCCAUUGCGUUGGGAAUGAACUUGCCGGAGCACUUCUUUGACGACUUUGUGAGUGAGGGAGACAAUACCCUCCGUCUUCUCCACUAUCCAGCUGUCAGCAAAGAGGUAUUCCAAAAGAACCCUAACCAGGUCCGUGCCGGUGAGCACAGUGAUUACGGCUCGAUCACUCUGCUGUUCCAGGAUCGACUUGGUGGACUGCAAGUGCGCAGCCCGAAAGGAACCUUUGUGAAUGCGACUCCCAUCGCUGAUACCAUUGUUGUCAAUGCCGGAGACCUGCUCGCUCGUUGGUCCAAUGAUACCAUUAAGAGCACCCGCCAUCGGGUAAUUCAACCGCCGAUGCCCGCAAAUGAGGCAGAGAAUGAUCCUUCAGGAGAUUACCCUGCUCGUUAUAGUGUGGCGUAUUUCUGUAACCCGAAUAACAACCAGGUCAUUGAGGCACUACCGGGAACUUAUGGCAACGAUAGCCACGUGGAGAAGAAAUAUCCGGAGAUUCUUGCGAGCGAAUAUCUCGUCCAGCGAUUGACAGCCACUUACUGA